UUUCAGUAGCCGGAGUCGAUCCUUUCCCUCCGCCUCUCCUCCUCCUUCUCCUCCUUUUUUUCUUCCUCCGCCAAAUCUGCCUGGCUCAGCCCUGCCUGCCCCUGCAGGGGCCAUGACCAUCAACAGCCUCCACCAGGGGGGCAGCUACAAAGUCCAGAUGCCAUGUCUGAGCAAGAUGGAACGGGUGAUUGUGGGCAUGCAGGACCCAGACAUGGGGGUGAAGAUGAGGAAUCAGCGCCUUCUCAUCACAGUGAUUCCUCAUGCCAUGACGGGCCACGAUAUUGUGGAGUGGCUUAUCCAGAAAUACUCCAUCUCAGAGGAAGAGUCUCUACACCUGGGGAAUCUCAUUGUGAAACAUGGCUACAUCUAUCCCCUGAAGGACCCUCGAUGUCUUGUGCUACGAGCAGAUGAUUCCCCUUACAGGUUCCAGACACCCUAUUUCUGGAUGAGCACCAAGUGGCCAGCUGCUGAACUGGAUUAUGCUAUCUAUUUGGCCAAGAAGAAUAUUCGGAAACAAGGGGACCUGAUUGACCAUGAAAAGGAUUAUUAUAACCAGCUGCAUAAGAAGAUCAACCACACGUGGGACUUUGUAGUGAUGCAGGCCCGGGAGCAGCUGAGAGCAGCCAAACAGCGCCGGAAAGGGGACAGAAUUGUCAUUGAGUGCCAGGAGCAGACUUACUGGCUGGUGAAUCGGCCCCCGCCAGGAGCCCUGAAUGUGAUGGAACAGGGACCAGAGCGGGGCAACUGCUAUACCUCCAGGGUGCAGAUGACUAAAAAUAUGGAUUUUUAUAAACGAGAGAUUGAGUACUGUAAGAAGGCGAUGAGUAGGACGAGGGUGAAGUCUUCUAUCUGCUUGGAAGCGUACCUCAAGUUCAAUGAUCAGUACAUGCCCCAUGACCCCAUCAUGUCUGGCUGCCUGCCCAGCAACCCUUGGAUCACUGAUGAUACAGACUACUGGUCAAUGAAUGCACCCACGGUGCCAACACCUACUAAGCUUCGAGUAGAGCGUUGGGCCUUUAACUUCCGAGAGCUCCUGGGGGAUCCUCUGGGCCAUAUACAGUUCAUGGAGUUCCUCAAGAAGGAGUUCAGUGCUGAGAACCUGAGUUUCUGGGAAGCAUGUGAGGACUUGCGAUACGGAGAACAGUCGAAGAUUACUGAGAGUGUUGACUCCGUCUACCAACAGUUUCUUGCCCCUGGGGCCACACGUUGGGUCAACAUCGACAGCAAGACCAUGGAGAAGACGCUGGAAGGGAUCCGCAGGCCCCAUCGCUAUGUCAUGGAUGAUGCCCAGAUGCACAUCUACAUGCUCAUGAAAAAGGAUUCCUAUCCCAGGUUCUUAAAAUCUGACAUGUAUAAGACCCUGCUGGCAGAGGCUGUGAUUCCACCGGAGACUAAGAAACGAGUGUUCCCAUUCAUGAGGAAGCAGCGCCACUCCAGCCCUAGCCCAGCCCUCUUCCUGCCCUCGGGAGAACAGGAGCCCAAGGGGGAUGACAAGGGCAAGGCCCUGGCUCCUGGCACCUCUGCUGGGGAAGGGGAAGUCUAGGCAACCCAGAGCUGAGGAGCCAUUCCACUGGGUUAUACAAAUGUUUAAAUAAAUCUCUUUGGAGAGGGGACAGCAUGAGGGAGUGAAAAGCUGUCAAACAUGGAUCCCCGCUGCCCAACAUAUCUCCAAACCAGAUUACAAUAGAAUUGGGAAAUAAAAAUACAACUAAACAUCAAUAACAUAAAGGUGGUUUUCUAAGGCAGUAUGCAGCCAGAAGGCCGUUUCUAUUUGAAUAUGACACUGCUGGUAGAGGGGAUAGAACAGGCCUCGGAGCCGAGGAAACCUCGGAUUUACUGUCUUCCUCUGACACACACUAGCUGUGUUCUCCUGGUAACUCACUUAUCCUUUCAGUGGCCAUGGACAGAAGAUACGCAGGGAGGGGGGUUUCCACAGGUGGAAGUUACUUCUAUAAAGGAAAUCCAGGGUCUAGUCUCAAUCCCUGUUAAUUAGAUUUGCAAGUCUACAGACAAGACUUUCUGAUUAGUCCUUAUUAGGUUGAUUUCAUCCCUGGCAAGAAUUCUUCAUUCCUAAGCUUUAACCCAGAGCUCAGAAAUCCCAAAUCCAUUUGGGUUGCCAGUGGGCUCCCUUUCUAACGCUCUAAAGAUCCUACCUUCCCUUGGCAAACCAACGAAAAGGUCCCAUUCUUGGCCAAGACUCAUUAGCUCCCAGCAAUGGAGUCUAGUGGUAGCAUUUGGACUCAUCUAUAUCAGGAGAAACAGGUGGUGCUGUCCUUGGGUUUGACAGCUCCAUGGCCUGAGAAGCAAGCCGACCUCUCUAGUGCUGAUGGCAGGGAUCGUCAACCCACCAUGGCGGUGCAGGCCCCAGGAGGCCCAGACUUCAGUUGGGGGUUUCCGCCGGAACCUAAGAGAUCUCUGUGCCUUUUUUUAAUGCUUAAAAAGUCAUCUCCAUCCCAAUGAGUGGGAAGCCUGAGAGGUCCAAGGCCAAGGAGAGCCUCCUUCACCUUGCCUCUGGCAGGAAUGGGACAGAGAUGGCUUUUAUAGCCUGCCUCUUAUUACUUAAUAUCUACUGACAGCUGGCCUUGAGGGCCGAACAAGGGAAACCCCAGUAAAGUUCCUCAAGCCUGGGAUCCUCCCUCUUUGGGCUUCUUUAUAGGGAAGAAUCACUCUAGGUGGCACAAUGCAACUCAACAAUUUUGCGGGAGAUGCAGACAGAGGUGACGCAGUCUUCAUGGUGCUGCAGCAUCUUCUGGGAUUUAAAGUGCUUCAGGUCCUAAUAGGAGGGGAAGAGCCACACCAGGACAGACUGACAGACUAUUGUCUGGUGUGUGAUGUCAGGGAUGGGAGCGCCCUGGGGGAGAUCUUUAGCCAAGGGAGAGAGGAUUUUAGUAAUGCAGAUAUGAGAUGUGGGCGGGAACGGUCCUGGGAUGAUUUCAGGAAGAAGACUAUCAAAAUGCAUCCAGGCUAGCAGGGAAGGCCUGACGUGGGCCAGCCUGUAGAACACAGGGCCAAGAAUUGGGUGGGCUAAGGACUUUGAGCAGCCUGGCACGAGGAAAUCUGGACUGGAUUCAGGAGGCCAGGGGAAACCACCAAAGGUUGUGAAGUCAAGCAGUCUCAGGAGAUUCUGCUCAGACUGAGGUUAUCUAUGGGUAUUUGGGGACUUGCAUUAAAGUAAUCUCUUGCUAUUCCUCUGGCUGAGGUUUAUAGGGACUCGCACGCUAGGCCCAUGAUGGCAAACCUAUGGCACAUACAGGCCCCUGACUUGGCCCUGCCCUAGUGGGUGGGGCAUUAUGAGCAUAGCAGAGCUCAGGGCGCAGCUGCACCCCUCUUCCCCACACCCCUUCCCCCCUCGGAGCCCAGCAGCUGCUGCAAGCACAGUGCCCAUGCCCCUCCAGCCCCUGGAACCCAGGGAUGCCACUGGCCCAGGGCAGCUUGGCCCCUCCCCCCAUGCAGGGGUGGGUAGGGCAUGACACACAAUCUGUGGGUGUGAGUGGGAUAUGGCAUGGGGUCCCUAAAAAUCCAAAAGAUCACUGCUAUAGGCCAACUUCUUCUCUAUUCAGCAUUUACUCAGAGAUUGCGAGAUACUAUAGCUUUAGUUUAUGCAAAAAUUAAAGCCAAGGAAGCCCAGAGUUCCUACUAAUAGUUUAAAGAGUUACUGGCUGGUAGUAUGAAUCUUAAAACUGCUCAAACUCUACAUUUGGUUAAGGCUAUUCCCCAUUUAAACAAUGGAGGUACUUGAUCAUGAAUGUAUUGGGAACUUUAACAUCACUCCACCCAUACUUAGACAGUGCCUUAGGGGAAGAUAGAGUUGUAAAAUUCCUUACUGAACAACAAAAGUUCCCAACUCAUACUUAUAGUGAAGCAAAAACCCUAAGUUAGGUGGUCUAUUUUUAGAUCUAAUACAAAAGGGUGCUAAGUACCUAUAAAGGCUAAAUUAAUCAUUAAAAGGUCAAGCAUCUUACAAAGGGCAAGCUUAGCAAGAGGUGUGAAGUUUUAGUCUACUCAGAGAAGGUGAUAACAAAAGAAAAUGUGAAUUAAGAAUGGUCAAUCCUGUGGAAAGUGUCUACUGUGAUUGGUAGAUGUGAAAAUUUAGGGGAGGUGACACAGGAGAAAAUUCUCUUUAAAAGGAGGUCAGGAGCUCAGAGCAGGGGCCUCUGAAGUUAGUUUGAAGUUUGAGUUUGAAAGCUGAAUUGGAGGGUCUCUCUGAACACUGGAGUUUUGCUUGGAACGACCUUGUGAUGAGUGAUUAAAGACUGACUAGUCUCUCUUAAAGCUCAGGCCUAGGCCAUUUGGCGUAGGCCCUUUCCUACUAUUUCCUCUUACUCUGUCUCUCUUCCUUCCCUUAAUUCCUUCAUUUGUAUUAAUUAAAAAUCUCCAUAAAAACCCAGCUGACUUGGGUAUUUUCAUAUUUGGGAAUUUUUCCCAUGGCGACCACUUAUUUUUGAUUUAAUUCAAGACACUAAAAUUAUCUUUAUAAUUUUGGCAAUUCACAGUCUUGAAACUAUAUUUUCACGGUCACAGUUUAUGGCAGACCACAAAGGUUGUGACAAAAACCCUCAAAAAAUUUCUGUGAAAUCUCUUUCCUUUCUCUCUUUAUUACUUGCUCUGUAAGUCAGUCUUUUUAAACGUGCUAAUUCGGCUUCAAAACACAGCUGCAAGAGUGGGUGAGUAAAACAUUUUGAUUUCUCCUUAAAUUAAAUAGAACACAGCUGUUUUAAAUCUUAGCAACAGGGCCCUAAGGUCCUGGCUAGGAGAGCUGUUUCUAAAUAUCUUUUCCUUUAGGGAACAACUGCCUAGAUUAGGAUUAAGGGAAUUCUGGAGAAAGCUUUGGCCUUGUCCUUUAGAAAUAUGGGGUUACAGCCAGUUCACAAUUUAAUCAACAAUUGGUUUUUCAGGCUUUUCAGUAAAUACAUUGUUCUU